GCCGUGGCUGGAGCAGCCCACCUGUCGCAGAAUCUGGCGGGGUCACAAGUUUCGUUUUAACACCGGCCCAAGACACGUUAGCGCGAGGCGGGGGUUGCAUCCGACGAAACAGGUUAGGUCGUCAUUGUCUUUGCAUCUUCUUCGGGAUGUCUUACUCUAUCACAGGACCCUGGAGAAUUAUCAAUCGUGGGAGACAUCCGUGUUCAUGUGCAGUGGUCUUUCAGUCAUGAUGCUAUCGAGUCCACCUGGAAGACAUGCCAGGCCACAGGGCAAACCGACGCCGACGUUUGAGGAUGUGUGGAGGAUCUUGAAGUCGGCAAGAGAUGACGCUGCGCUGAUGUGGAGAAGCUGGUGAUGCUGCUGCGUAACCACAGUUGAAUCAUGGGAAAUGUGGAGAGUCAGAAUGGGGACAGCGGUUUCUACGGCGAUGUGACGGGACAUCUCUCCCGUAAGCACACGUCCCGGUCUCUCCGUCUCUCCAGCAAGCAGCCAGUCACCCGCCGAUCCCGGCACUCCUCUUCGGUGAAACAGGAACACAGAAACUCUGAGGCCUCAACCCGCUCUUCAAGCACUCCCAGCAUCCCACAGUCCUUAGCAGAGAACGGGCUGGAACCUUUCGACGCGGCAGAUGCGUUUGGAGAGUUCAGCAUCAACCCUCACUGGACGCAGCGCAUGGCUAUGACGAUGAGGCCCGAAUCCUUUCAAAACGAUGACGACCCCUUGGCCACGCCGACUCCUGAAACCUCGGAGGCGGACACUGUCGCCCAGGACGGGGGAGAGGACUCGAUGGGGGAGGAGGAGGGAGACGCCAUCGGAGAGGAGAGGUACCUCCAGCGGAUGACUGAGGGUCCACGGGACGGGGGGAGCUUUAAAAAGAAGCGGUCGAAGUCGGCGGACAUGUGGAGAGAAGACAGCCUGGAGUUCUCUCUGUCCGACCUGAGCCAGGAGCAUCUGACCAGCACUGAGGAGAUGAUAGACGGAGGAGAGGAAGAGGAGGAGGAGCAGUUUGCACGCCCUAGAGGCAAUGCAGGCUCAGCCGAAAGGGCAUCGUCUCUGGACCAUCUGUGCAGCCAGCAGAGUCCCGGCCUCAGGGGCCAGAGGAGCCGCUACGCUAAGAACCGGAGGGAGGCAGAGUGCGACGGAGAUGGAGAAGGGGAGGAGGGGUUGAUGUCUCCAACCGACGAGGACGGUGGCGGGUAUGGAGCGUUCACACUCCCCUGCCGACGCUCCCACUGCCUGUCGGAGGGCUUGGCAGGGCUCGGCAUUCCGGCUGCACCGUGCCCUGCUUUCCAAGGACGGCGUGCACAAACUACACAGGACAUCUCAGGUGUUUUGGGCGAGGGAAGUGAGUACGGAGACAGCGGCAUUGAUGGCGUCACCACGGAGAUAGACGGGGAUGGAGAGCUGGUGUCACGUCGCUGCAAGGCGAUGUCGGCCUCGUUCUCAGUGUACUCGGCCACUGAGAGCAGCGUUUUCAACGGGAGCGACAGCGGGAGCAGCAGCGCAGGAGGAGGAGAGGGAAGAGGUGGCGAGGGAGGCAGAGGAGGAGUGUACGAGAAUUUCCGGAAGGAGCUGGACAAUCAAGCCUGGACGCAUCAGGGUCGGGACUGCACCGAGGAGGCCGGUUCCGCUGUGAGCGACGAGCAGAGCAGCGGCACCCUCAGUAGUGCGUACCCGUCGGACGCUCUGAUUGGCUGCGCGCAAGGCACAGUCAGGAAGGCAGGAGCUCUGGCUGUGAAGAACUUCCUGGUUCAUAAGAAAAACAAGAAGGUGGAGCCUGCGACGAGGCGCAAGUGGAAACACUACUGGGUCUCUCUGAGAGGGUGCACUCUCUUCCUGUAUGAGUCCGACUGUCGUUCUGGGAUCGACCACAACAGCGUCCCAAAACACGCAUUGUGGGUGGAGAACAGCAUCGUCCAGGCCGUACCCGAACACCCCAAGAAAGACUUUGUCUUCUGCCUCAGCAACUCCGUGGGAGAUGCUUUCCUCUUCCAGACUUCGGGCCAGACAGAGCUAGAAAACUGGAUCACGGCGAUCCACUCCGCUUGCGCUGCCGCUCUGGCUCGACAGCACCACAGGGAGGACACGGUACGACUGCUGCGAACCGAGAUCCGCAAGCUGGAGCAGAAGAUCGACAUGGACGAGAAGAUGAAGAAGAUGGGAGACAUGCAGCUGUCCACUGUCACCGAUGCCAAGAAGAGGAAGACCAUACUGGAGCAGAUCUUCCUGUGGGAGCAGAACUUGGAGCGGUUUCACAUGGAUCUGUUCCGCUGUCGUUGCUACCUGGCCAGUCUGCAGGGCGGCGAACCCCCCAACCCGAAACGCCUGCUGGGUUUUGCUUCGCGUCCGACCAAGCUGGCCAUGGGACGACUGAGCAUCUUCUCCGUCUCUUCCUUCCAUGCGCUGGUGUCGGCCCGCACAGAAAGCAGCAUCAGGAAGCGGAACCAGGCCAUGCCUCGCACCUUCAGUAAGCGCCGCAGUCGUUUCUCCUCCCUAUGGGGCCUCGACACCACCUCGAAGAGGAAGACCACAGGGCAUCCUUCCAUCAACCAGGUGUUUGUUGAUGGGAUCGAGCCGGUGAAAAAGCCACUGGAGCGCAUGUUUGAAGACUCGGCCAGUGAGAAAUCUAAGGAGAGAGAGAGCUCGGUGAAAAGUAUUCCCCAGCAAAACGUAGACAGCGACAUCUGGGUUCCUGACUACCUGACUCCAUCUUGGGUUUGCCUGCCGAGCAAUCAGCCCGUCCUGGCCAUCAUACAGCCUGGGGAGACGGCGCUGGAAGUCCUGAGCGCCACCUGCAAGACCCACAAGAUAGACCCGUCGUGCCACUACCUGCGUUUGAAGGUGUGGAUUGACAACCAGAUGCUUUUUUACGUUCCCAAACUUGAAGAGGACAUCUCGGAUCUGCUCUACAAAGAGAUUGAGAUUUGCCCCAAAGCUACCAAGGUGAUCCAGUUUGACAAAGCCGAGUCCUGCAGCAUCGGAUACGGUUUUUCUGUGGCGGUUAUAGAUGAGGAUGGGAUGCAGCAGCUCCAUAUUACUGAAGUGAAAGCGGAGGGACUUGCCUCAGCCAAAGGUUUGAGAGCAGGGGAUGAGAUUCUGCUGUUGAACGGCAAACCUGCAUCUGCCCUCCAGAUGGAUGAUAUGAGGGCUGCGUUUGAAAACCAAGCAUUGACCUUGAGCGUCAGCACCCUGCCCCAGCUGGACCCGCGGGUGCUCUGCUCCCUUCCACCCCGUCGCUCCGAUGGGGAGCAGGACCCGGCCACGGACAUCUUCUCCCAGGACCAAGAGGACAUCCUGGAUGAUGUGUCGGGGUUGACGGUGAAUAGCCCAGAUGAGAGCAUGGAGGAAGGACAUCGGGUGAUCCUGCAGAGUCCUGGAGGUCAUCUGGAAGACAAAACCUGCAUGGGGACCGGACAGAAGAGCACAGAGCAAGUCACUGCUUUUUGCCGCAGUCUCCAUGACAUGAAUCCCCUGGAGUGCCCUAUGUCAUCCUCCUCGUCGUCGUCAUCGUCAUCCCUCUCCCCGAGCCCUGUGUCAGCUUUACCGCCCACGGCAGGCGCAGCCACCCAGAGACAGCUCUCCCACGCAGACAAACUCCGCAAGGUCAUCAAUGAGCUGGUCGAAACGGAAAAGACUUACGUCAAAGACCUGAGAUGCCUGAUAGAGUGCUACUUGACACCUUUGCAGAAAGAGAGCUUCCUUACACAGGAUGAGCUGGACGUUUUGUUUGGUAACCUCGGAGAGAUGGUGGAGUUCCAGGUUGAGUUUCUCCGGACGCUGGAAGAUGGAAUCAGACUGGUGCCAGAUCUGGACAGACUGGAAAGGGUGGAGCAAUUUAAGAAAGUGCUGUUCUCCUUGGGCGGUUCAUUCUUGUAUUACGCCGAUCGCUUCAAGAUCUACAGCGCCUUCUGCGCCAGCCACACCAAAGUCCCAAAGGUCCUGGCUAAAGCAAAGACCGACCCAGAUUUCAAGGCUUUCCUGGCUGAGAGAAACCCCAGACAGCAACAUUCAUCCACGCUGGAGUCUUACCUGAUCAAACCCAUCCAAAGGGUCCUGAAGUACCCGCUGCUGCUGAAGGAGCUCUACUCUCUCACUGAUCCUGACAGUGAGGAACAUUACCAUCUGGAUGUUGCAAUGAAGGCCAUGAACAAAGUUGCGAGUCACAUCAACGAGAUGCAGAAGCUUCACGAGGAGUACGGCGCUGUUUUCGACCAGCUCAUCAAUGAGCAAACUGCAGUUAAAAAAGAGGUGGCUGACCUCUCGAUGGGGGAUCUUUUGCUGCAUUGCACUGUGGUGUGGAUCAACCCUCCUGCCUCUUUGGUCAAGAGCAAAAAGGACCCUGAUUUGGCUGCGUUUGUGUUCAAAACGGCGGUCGUAUUUGUCUUCAAGGACUCCUCCAAGCACAGGAAAAAGAUUGGUGCGUCUCACCGUGCAUCUGUGAGCGACGACAAGGAUCCUUUCCGUUUCCGGCACAUGAUCGCAACGGACUCUCUGCAAGUCCGCGCCCUUGCAAACUCCGAGGGUACAGCAGUGUGUGAGAUCGUCCACACGAGGUCUGAAUCUGAAGGAAGACCGGAGAGAACCUUCCAGUUGUGCUGCAGCUCUCCAGACAGUAAGAAGGACUUCCUGAAAGCGGUCCACUCCAUCCUCAGGGAGAAGCAGCGCCGCCAGCUUCUGAAGACGGAGUCCCUGCCACCUAACCAGCAGUACGUUCCAUUUGGGGGCAAACGUCUUUGUGCUCUCAAAGGGGCACGGCCCGUCAUGAACAGAGCAGCAUCGGCUCCAUCACGAACGUUAGCCCGCAGAAAGCUGGUGAGGAACCGCUUCACCAUCGACACCGACCUGGUUUUCCACGGCAACAACAACAACAGCAACGACUCUGAGCCUUCGCAGCACUCCUCCUACCCGACCCUGUCCCAGCAUGCUCUUCUCCAGUCCCACAAGCCACAGGGCGAGGACACGGACCGUUGGGUGGAAGAGCAGUUCGACCUGGGUUGCUACGAAGACCAGGGCGACGGCAUCGGCGUGGGGCAGGUGAAGGAGACAGACAUUCUGAGCGAUGACGACGAGUACUGCAAGUCCGUCCGAGCCGCGUCGGCAGAACCGGCCGACCUCGACGGGAAGAUGGAGGGACUCGACCUGCAGUGUGGGGGGAUGAGGAGCUGCAACCUGAAUGGACGAGUAGAGACCGGAAGUGCGAUGCGGGAGGAGGGAGUCGAUGGACUGAGGCACGGCGAUGAUUCCGGCUCUGUAGACUCCUUCACCUCCUGCGGCGUCUCUCUAUCCCGCUGUGCGACCCCGACUAUAAAGCUCGCCCCCUUGAAGCAGUGCGCCGUGGAGGGGGCCGCAAACAAGGACCACGAUGUCAUCUGGGUGCGGCGAGACGACUUUGCCAACGGGUGCAACAGCGACGUCUUCUGAUUUGAGACGAGAUGAAGGAAAAAAAAACGUGGGAGAGUUUGGGUACAAGCUUUAAAUAUGUAGAACCUGGAGGAGAAAAACGUGUAUAAAAGGUGUUGAACCUCGGCCAGUCCUUCAUGUAUCACCGCACAACCCUCUUCUUCCCGCCUCACCUGCAUCUCCUUUUUUCUGACAAUCCUAGAGUACUUAAACACAGAGUGAGCUGGGAGAGGUAAAACGGACUCGGCCCACGAGAUUCUCAACCCGAACUGCUUAAAGAGUAGAGGGUCCUCACUGUUACUGGACGUCACACACGCCUGUGGAGUUGUUGUAUUUAAACGUGCGAACCAGACACCACUGCAUGUCCACGCAAGCAAAACAAGCAAAGUGUGUGUGCAUGUACACUGUAAGUGCAGAUAACACACAGAAGCACAGACACUAGAGACUCUAGGCAGCUACUGUACCAUGCACACAUUGUACCGAAGCAACGUCAUCACUUGAACUGUGACCUUGUGGCCAAAAAUGUCUAUUUUUCAACACAGGAAUGUGGGUGUUCUAUUUUUUUGACUCUGAAAAACUGUUUGUAUUUUAACACUCAAGGGCUGUGUGUUACUGAACUUCUCUUCAGGGGCUUUUGGCUUAACGACUGCUGUGUAAAAGGGAAAAAAAAAAGAAGAUGGCGAGAUCCCGACUAGCUUUAUUGUGCUUUUUAUUGUUUGAGCCGCACAUUGGUGUAAAGUCAGGAGUACAAUAGAGUGCCGUUAAACCUCUUGUAUGAAAAUGUUUUAAAGCUCACUUUUGUCUCCUUGCAUAUCCUUUUUAAAAGAUAGUUUGGACAACAGAUAAGUCGACCUAUUCUCUAUUUAAUUAUUGCCUUUUUACUGUAAUUUUUUUAAUGUUUACACCACACACUCAGCUGCCCACUGUUACAAACCACCUUUUUGUGUGUUUGGUGCCGGAAUCAAGCUUACGACGGAGUCAACGCUCGUGCCCUUCACAUGAGUGUUGGUCUAUGUGUUGCUCAAAUGAAGUUAAGGUCAUUAAUAUAAUUGGACUGUUUCUCACCCCGUAAGACGUGCUGUCUUCAUGCUUCAUUUUUUCCCAGUACAUGACAUAAUAAUUCCCACAACAACAAUCCUGUUUUACUUGAAUAUUCUUUGUUUUGAAACGGGGGAUUCAACAGAGCCAUGAUUAGUGACUGUACUGUAACUCCAAGAGGAGCAGUCAAUGCAGUUGACCUUUUUCGUCCUCUGACCGAGUCAAACAUCUUCCUUUUGGGCCUUUUUUAUGUCACAUCAACGCAACCACAAAGACGGACUUCACAUCCACAUCAGUCCCUUCCGCAGUUCUUCCUCCGACCACCAGGCUGUGCUGUUUCACUUUAUGUCAUCACUACGGCACACUGAUUGAUGCACACAUUAAUGGAUGUAUUGAACAUGCACUUAAUACCCAACUGUGAGAGGGGGAGAGAUCUGCAAGCGACUCUGAUUCAGAGUGCCAGGAAGGUGGUGGGAGGGAAACACUUUGGAUGUUCUUUGUUAUUGUCUUUUUAUUAUGAUGCUGGUUUCUUAGAUUUUAGCUCACUGGGUGAUUAUUCCCAGUUAAAGGACGUUCAGACUGUGAGGUACAAUCCCUUUUGGCCUUGGAAGGCAGAUCCUGUGAGAAAACCCCUUCAACUCCUUCCUUUGUAUUUUAACAAAAAAAAAACUGUGUUCGUACAUAAAACUGUGGAGUAUUAUCAUUUUUAUGUUAAAAUAAAUUUUCUAAAUUUA